GAAUUCACGUUGUGAUAUUCCUGCGCCGACCCACAUGGGCUGGUUGACCUCCGAAGUCUUCAGCCGAAACUCUUUCACGUGCCAUUUCUAGAUAAAUAUAUGAUAACAAGACCAGGUUUAUGCGGUAUACAUUAAGCAACACACGAUGGAUUUAAUUGCCGUACUUGAGAAAACAGUAUCGCCAGACACACAGGAACUAGAAUCUGCACAACAGUUCUUAGAACACGCAGCACAACAGAAUUUACCGGAGCUUUUGAAGCAGCUCUCAGACGUAUUGAAGCAUGGCGGCAACAGCCCUGUGGCCAGGAUGCAGGCGGGUCUCCAACUCAAGAAUGCACUCUACUCCAAAGACCCCGCCACCAAACUACAGUACCAGCAGAGGUGGCUCCAGUUUGUACAAGAUGUCCGGACACAUGUCAAGCAAAAUAUCUUGGCAACCUUAGGAUCGGAAACGAUUCGUCCAAGCUCUGCAGCCCAGUGUGUGGCAUAUGUGGCCUGUGCGGAGCUCCCUCAAGGACUAUGGCCAGACCUCAUCACAAGCCUCACUGCCAAUGUCACAAAUCCUGCAAGUACGGAAAUGAUGAAGGAAUCCACACUAGAAGCCAUUGGCUACGUCUGUCAAGACAUAGAGGAUCCAGAGAUUUUACAAACCCAGUCCAACGACAUCCUGACAGCCAUUGUCCAUGGCAUGAAGAAAGAAGAGCCAAGUAACCAUGUUCGACUGGCGGCAACAAAUGCCCUUCUGAACUCCCUAGAAUUCACCAAGUCAAACUUUGAUAAAGAUACUGAGAGACACUUCAUCAUGCAAGUCGUCUGUGAAGCCACACAGUCCACGGACACGAGGGUACGGGUAGCUGCGCUCCAGUGUUUGGUGAAAGUCAUGUCGCUGUACUACCAGUACAUGAAGCACUACAUGGGACCUGCUCUGUUUGCUAUAACCAUGGAGGCGAUGGAGAGUGAGGUGGACGAGAUAGCCUUGCAGGGAAUUGAGUUCUGGUCCACUGUGUGUGAUGAGGAGGUGGACCUGGCCAUUGAGCUCUCAGAGGCUGCUGAGCAGGGCCGUCCGCCUGAACGGACCAGCAUGUUUUACGCCAAGGGGGCGCUGCAGUACCUGAUCCCCGUGCUGCUCAUCAGCCUGGCCAAGCAGGUGGGUCGAGAUGAGGGCGAUGACGACGAUGAGUGGAACCCGUGCAAGGCUGCUGGCGUGUGUCUGAUGCUGAUGGCGUCAUGCUGCGAGGACGAGGUGGUGCAGUAUGUGUUGCCGUUCGUGCAGGAGAUGAUUGAUAACCCGGACUGGCGGAACAGGGAUGCGGCCGUCAUGGCCUUUGGCUCCAUUUUGGAAGGCCCCGAUCCUGCCAAGUUGAAACAGAUUGUGGAGCAUGCAAUGCCCAAGCUGAUAUCUCUGUUGAAAGACCCCAGUGUAGUUGUAAGAGACACGGCGGCAUGGACGGUGGGGCGAGUCUGCGAGAUCUUGCCCGAUGCUGUCAUCAAUGACCACCUGCCUACACUGUUACAAGCUCUGGUGGAGGGACUGUCUGCGGAACCACGGGUUGCCAGCAACGUCUGUUGGGCUUUCUCCAGUCUUGCCGAAGCUGCUUUUGAGAAUGCGGAAACAGCUGAUGAGAACGCUGAACCAGAAACCUACUGUCUCUCUGCAUCUUUUGAACAAAUUGUACAACAGUUACUACAGACAACAGACAGACCGGAUGGCAACCAGCACAAUCUAAGAAAUGCAGCUUAUGAAGCUCUGAUGGAAUUAGUUAAGAAUAGUCCCAAGGACUGCUAUUUGACGGUUCAGAAGACCACCAUGAUUAUACUAGAAAGACUGGAGAGAGUCCUCUCUAUGGAGGGUUCUGUACAGUCGUCAUCCGACCGUGUUCAGUUCAAUGACCUCCAGUCUCUCCUAUGUGCCACUCUGCAGAGUGUUCUUAGGAAGGUAACUCAAGAUGAUGCACCGAAGAUCUCGGAUCAGAUCAUGACAGCGUUGCUGCAGAUGUUCCAGAUGACGGCAGGGAAAGCAGGCGGUGUACAGGAGGACGCUCUGUACGCCGUGUCCACACUCAUGGAAGUUCUUGGUGAUGGUUUCGAGAAGUACAUGGAGGCAUUCAAGCCGUACCUGACCAUAGGACUCAAAAACUAUCAGGAGUACCAGGUGUGUGUGGCGGCAGUGGGUCUGGUGGGUGACCUGUGUCGGGCCCUGGGGAACAAGGUGUUUCCGUACUGCAACGACCUGAUGCUGCUGCUCAUGGAGAACCUCCGAAACGAAAGUGUACACCGAUCCGUCAAACCACAGAUCUUGUCAGUGUUUGGUGAUAUAGCUCUUGCCAUUGGCCCACAGUUCCGAAACUACCUGGAGUUUGUGCUUGGUACCCUACAGCAGGCAUCACAAGCUCAAGUAGAUAAGACCGACUACGACAUGAUUGACUAUCUGAAUGAACUGCGAGAGGGCUGUCUGGAGGCCUAUACUGGCAUCGUGCAGGGAUUGAAAGGCGAUGGAGAACAAAUCAGUACUGAGGUGAACAUUCUACAGCCUCAUGUUGCACACAUGAUCUCCUUCAUCGAGCAUAUAGCGGUGGACGAGGACAAGACGGACAGUAAUAUAGCUGCCUGCUGUGGACUUAUAGGUGAUUUGAGUACAGCGUUCGGCAACAGCAUGCUCCCGAUGGUGGAGAAGGAGAGCAUCCAGAACCUCCUCACACUGGGGAGGAGGUCCAAACUAACAAAGGCCAAAACCCUGGCUACAUGGGCAACUAAGGAAAUAAGAAAAAUGAAGAAUGCUUCAUCAUGAAAUUGAUGCGAGUGGGCAGCUGUCUUGGUCUGCCUUUGACUACUACCAUGUUGACCGCGACGGUCUCCUAUGCCUAUGGCUGAAUGAUGAACGAUUGCGCGAGUGAAUGCUUCAUCUCAGCAAAGAGAGAUUGUCACGUGCGAAAGGAGAGUGUUCGCAGUUCAGAUCUGAUCGAGGGGUUGUCAUAGUGACAGUUGUCCAGGUGACCACCCCUCCUCAAUCACUGAAAUUCACCAAAACCUGUGAGGGAAGGAGUGUGCCUGCAACAUCAGUUGAUAACAGCGGUCCUCAGCUGGACCCCAAACAAUGGCCGCUCGUGGCUUCAGCUCAAGAAGAAGUGAUUAACAGUGCUAUAUAAGCAUCACAUGUGCUAUUUGUUGGAACAACAUUGUUUUAAAUGCCCUUUGAACAGUAUUUUGUUUUGAAGGAAGUGCUCAAUUUGACAGGGUGCCCGAGUGCUUUGUGGAACGACUGUAGGUGCUUCCUGUUGAAUGAUGUUGCUUCCUUCCAGCUCUGCCUGAAGAGUUUCAGUGGAGUGCUAGUGGCACAUGUCAAGUACCUUAAUCGGGCUGGCAUCCCUUGCCUUUCAAACCCAUCAGUACAACAACAGGUUCUUAUACAUGGCGCAGCAGCAUUCAAAGUGCUUGUCUCCAAUACGACUCAACUCUAGUCGUAUGUGAGUCGUAAUAGCUUUGUUCAAAUGUUGGGCAACUGUUCAUUCAGUAGAGGGAUUCCGAAUGUCAUAUAAGGAAAAUCAUCAAUAUAUAGUCCCAUAAAAGUAUUUUUUUCAAGUAUGUGGUUUGUAAUCUGUAUAAAACUCUGUUUGAGAAUUCCAAUAAUGAAGACUAAUAGUUUGACAAAUUCUUUGCCACAUAGUUUAAAAGAAUGAUUUUAUGUCAGUUGUAAGAAUAAAAUCCUAAUGUUGCAUGAGAAUCGGAAAGGUUGAAGAUGGAUUAUUCCAGUCGAUUUGAAGACUUAUAUUGGCCAGCUUGUUGCUUGUGCUUCGUAUUGGAUGAACCAUGAUCAGAUCUCAAAUAGAAUGUUGACUGCAGAAUGAAAGUCAAUCAAAUUCCAUGCUUGUUCUAAACACACGACUGAAUUAAUUUUCAACAGAACAAGCCCUUCUCAUUCCUAGGAUAUUUUUAUGAUAGAAUAUUUAUUUGUCUUUCGUGGAAGUGAGAAAUUCUGUGAUGCCGGCCCUACUCAAACUAUCCACUGUGAUACAAGUUUUGCCAAUUUGUAAAGAUAACAUUGUAUUUGUACUACCCACUGUGAGGUCGUCAAUUGCUGGGAUGACAUAAAGACUGAGAUGUAUGAACUC